AUGGUCACAUUAAAAUUCUUAGCUACAUUUUUUUCUGUUUUUACUUCGACUCAUUUAGAAUUUUCUUGCUUCUCCUCUUGUAUCUUUUGGUUUUUAUCCCUAUUCAGACAAACAAUCAUUCCCUCUUCCUGUCAUGCAUCCCCCUUAGAUAUAUCUUCUACGCUGUCAUCAUAUGCUGCUUCUAAACUUAUUGCCCCCGACGGCCCCGACACCAAUGAUUUACAAUCGUGUUAUAGUCGAGCCACUGAACAACCUCAAACCUCUGGAGACCCAGGCUCUUCACAGGCACUCAGCCCUAUGUCUCCAACUCAGUCUAACACUUAUUCACCUGCUUUGGCUGAGUCUGUUUCUAGUCCUUUAGCUGGUGGCCCCUUCCUUGACUCGAACCUCGCUGCAUCAGCUACUUCAGCCUGCCUAUUUGUUGAAAAUGCUAACCGGGCCGAGUUAGAUCUGGCGCCAGAGUCGCUGCGUGAUUCUGGUAUGCUGCCAAGGACAUCCUGGUUACACGAAGACUGCGGGUAA